CACAAGACCCAUCAGCAAGUUCGCAAAGCCAUACAAACUCCCAAAGCCCCAGAUAGGCAGAUAGCAUUACCUAUACACCCAACAAUGACAGCCUCUGCUCUAACCAUUACUCCAAAGCUUCACCCCCACAUUCAGACCCUUAAUCCCAAAACCUCAUUCCCUUCUUCUUCCUGUUCAUGUUCUUGUUCCUCAGCAACUGAAAACAAUGCCAGGCUAACUUGGGAAUCAAAUGUUGUGAGUAAAAGGAGUGUGUUCAAUGUGGGUAUUGGCCUCUUAGCAGCUUCAGUUGUGGCAUUGUCACCUUUGGAAGCUAAUGCCACGAGAGUUGAGUACUACGCCACCGUGGGAGAGCCUCUGUGUGAGAUGAACUUUGCUCGUUCUGGGCUUGGUUUCUGUGAUCUGUCAGUCGGGUCGGGUAUACAAGCUCCUCGUGGUGAGCUCAUCAAUAUUCACUACACUGCAAGAUUCGGUGAUGGGACAGUCUUUGACAGCAGCUACAAACGUGGUAGACCUCUCACUAUGCGCAUUGGUGUUGGCAAGGUCAUUAAGGGACUGGAUCAAGGAAUUUUUGGGGGUGAAGGUGUGCCUCCAAUGCAAGUAGGGGGGAAACGGAAGCUUCACAUUCCUUCAAAUUUAGCAUAUGGGCCAGAACCUGCCGGAUGCUUUGCUGGUGACUGCAAUAUACCUGGAAAUGCUAUUCUUGACUACGAUAUUAAUUUUGUUGGCAUCUACUCGGGAAAUAGAGCAUUACCUACAAACAAAUAGGAAGCCUAUCAAGUGCAUCUCCUGAUUUUCCAUACCGUAAGGCUCGAGUUGAGACAGGAAUGCAAGUACCACACAUAUAUCAGAGCACCUUUUUUUACGGUUGGCUUGCAGAUCAAAGAUCCAUCCUGUGGAUGAAAUAUAGCCCCAGCAUUCUAUGUUGCGAAAUUGGUAGCAUCCCAACUCUUAGCUAUUUCAUUUUACAUUCUAGAUAGUUGUAUGUAUAUAGCAUUCAUUACAUUUGUGGAGAUGAUAUAAUAAUUUAAUGAAACUAUUCACCCUCAAAUAACAGAUGAAUAAAAAUUUAUCUUC